AUGCGAACCUAGACCUACUUACUACCCAUUACUACCCAUGCACGUCGCCAUCCGUUGGAACACUCUCAUAAGAAAGCUCUCUCUCAGUCCCACCCCAACCCAUGCCCUCCACCUGUUCGUCCAAAUGCUCCGCUCGCCCCCCUCCCGGCCUGACACCUUCACCUACGCCUCCGCGCUCAAGGCUUGCGGCCGCGCGCGUGCCCAUUUCUCGGCCAGGACUAUCCAUGCCCUUACGGUCAAAACCAACACCUUGUCCAAUGCCUUCGUCGCUAAUACCACCUUGCACACCUACGCUUCAUGUGGAGACAUCGACUCCGCUCGAAAACUCUUCAGCUUGUUCUUCUCCCCUGAUGUCAUUGCUUGGAAUGCGAUGCUCUCGGGCUACGUCCAGAAUGAUCUCCUGGAUGAUGCUUUGAAACUGUUUGAUCGAAUGUGGUCAGCUGGAGUUGCGCCUACUGCUGUGACUGUGAUUAGCGUCCUCUCAGCUUGUGGCGGUGCGAAGGAUUUUUCUCUGGGGAGGCAAGUUCAUGGUUUUGUGAAGAAAAGCGUCAUGCAAUUUGAACGAGAGCUUUUUGUAGGGACUUGUCUUAUAGACAUGUAUGCCAAAUGUGGGUGCUUGGAGUUCAGCCUCAAGGUGUUUGAUGAAAUGCGGAUUAAGGAUGUUGGUGUUUGGAAUGCACUCAUUGGAGGGCAUGUCCACAAUGGCUGCUACUAUGAUGUUCUUCGAAUUUUCAAAGACUUGGAAAUGUCAGGGCUGAUUCCAGAUGAGCUGACAAUAGUUUGUGUGGUAAGUGCUUGUGCUAAUUUGGGUGAGCUUGAGAUCGGAAAGAAGAUACAUUUAUACAUAAAAGAGAGAUUUCGUGAUGUUAAUGUAAAAAUAGGGACUGCACUGAUUGAUAUGUACUCGAAAUGCGGGUGCAUCGCGAAAUCGAAAGAGGUUUUUGAUUUGAUGCACGAGAAGGAUGCCACAGCAUGGACCUCGAUGAUCGGAGGGCUUGCCAUUCAUGGGCAAACAGAAGAUGCGCUUCAGUUGUUCUCAUUGAUGCAGAGGUAUGGUGUGAGGCCUGAUGGAGUGACCUUUGUGGGUGUCCUAUGUGCUUGCAGCCAUGCUGGAUUGGUAGAACAAGGGUUGCAAUAUUUUUAUUCUAUGAUAAAAGAAUACAGCAUUGUUCCCAGAAUUGAGCAUUACGGUUGCAUGAUUGAUCUUUUUGGCAGAGCUGGCCGUCUUAAGGAAUCCCUUGAGUUCAUAUAUUCAAUGGACGUUCGAGCAAAUGCUGUUGUUUGGAGGGCACUGCUCAGCGCAUGCAGAUUAAAUCUAGAUGUUAAAUUAGCUGAGGUUGCAGUUAGGAAUUUGCUCGAGCUUGGAACACAUCAUUGUGGGGAUUAUGUUCUUCUUGCAAAUAUUUACGCAUCGAAGGGGAUGUGGAAUGAUGCUCGGAGGAUUAGGGAAAUGAUGGAAGGUUGGAUUCAAAAGAAACCAGGUUUUAGCUUGAUUGAACUACACAAUCAAAUGGAGGAUGAGGGGAACCUUGUUGUUUUAUAGAUCUGAUAAUAUACAUUGAUAACUCCACACCAGGGACCAGGCUAUCCUGCAAUGAAAAUGUGAGGAUCAUUAAGAAUGCAUGGUAUGAGAAUGCUCUGAUUGAUGCUGCUGCUAUACUUUUGCAAAGAAUGUUAGAGUAUACCGCAUAAUUAUACUUCUGAUUUCACUGUAAAUAAUUUAUAAUUUCAUUUAAAAAGCUGAAGUGACUUGGUGUAUGCAGCAGAACUAACAAAGAACCCAGAAGCCUCUGAAUUAAAAGCACAAGCUGAAGGCAAAGUGCCUAUACUAGCUGCUAAGCAUUCUCCUCUAAUAGGAACAGAAAUCUAGCUUGAAAAUUGUCAGACAAAGCUAGUGAUAUUACCAGGAUUGUGUUCUCCAAAAAGAAUUUCUGCCAUUG